ACCCCUACCCCGUGAGUACAAAUGUCAACAACAUGGCUGUCAAGUGACAAGUCCAAGUCAAGUCAUUAUCUAUUUAAAGUAUGUUUUUAGACAWCAUCUAAGCUCUAACCAAGCCCAGUCGCAUUGCAUUUCUUACUACUAACAACGUUUUACCUUAAGAACUCAAAAUGGACUUGAGUUUACAUUUUGAAAUUGAAAAAUUAAGCGAGAAAGAAGUCAAAGAAUUGGCGAAGAAAGCUGCCGAGUAUGCCUACGCUAAAGGCAUUAUUAUGAAGUCGAGAAAACUCCCAGACUUAGUUGAACAUGCUCCUUUUGUGCUCUAUCCUACGCCUUUUCCUAGAAGACUGUUCGAUCAAGCAAAGGAAGUUCAAAGGGAUUUUAAUGUACUUGUUCAUAAAGUGUCCUUGGACCAUGACUUUCUGAAAGAGUCGCUGCAAGGGACUGUUACUGUUGAUAAGUUUACUGGAAGAAUUUAUGAUAUCUAUGAGCAAACAAGGAAGGAAGGAAUUGCACAGCCAAUUUCACUUGGAUUGCUAAGAUCAGACUACAUGUUGGACUGUGAAAACCCCAAUGACCUCAACAAGAAAAGUAGUUUUGAAAAUAUGAAAAUAAAACAAGUAGAAAUUAACACUAUUGCAUCAUCAUUUGGUUGCCUUGGUAGCAAGUUACCAGACCUUGGAAGCUAUGUUCUUGGAUUGCAUGGGCUGAAUUGUCCUGUAGGAUCUCCUCAGAUACCUCAGAAUACAGCAUUGGAAGGCCUUGGGGAAGGUUUAGCUCAGGCUUGGGAAUUCUAUGGAUCACAAAGUGCUGUGGUUCUUAUGGUUAAAUCUGAAGAUGAAUCUAAUACAUUUGACCAGAAAAAUCUUGAAUAUUAUCUCCAUCACAGAAAUCCUUCAAUAAAGAUGAUUUUUCAUUCACUCACUGURUUGUCAAAGAUUGCCAGCCUGGACAACAAAACAUUGAUGGUUGGUGGAGAAGARGUUGCAGUUGCAUAUUUUAGAUCAGGAUAUACUCCAAGCUGCUAUCCUUCUGAGGAUAUUCAUAACAGAYGAAGGUGCACUGAAACGUAUUAGGAGUACAUUCACAGGGCUAUACACAUUAGAUGAGGGACCAGAAGGUGAACAGACAGUAAAAAUGGCUUUACAAGAUCCUGAAAAGUUUGUCCUCAAGCCUCAAAGGGAAGGUGGUGGUAACAACAUUUUUGGAGAUGACAUCAAGACAACACUAAACCAAAUGAAAACUCCUGUUGACCGAUCUCARUUUAUUCUGAUGGACAGAAUAAGAUCACCUCUUGUAAAGAACUACAUUAUAAGACCAGAGCUUGACAAGCCUUUGUUGGCAGAUGUGCUUAGUGAAUUUGGAACUUUUGGAAUCCUUAUCAGUCUUGGCAAGCGCAUUCUUGUUAGCAAAGAAGUGGGACAUCUGAUGAGGACCAAGAGUGUAGAGCACCAAGAUGGUGGAGUUGCAUCAGGAAGAGCCAACUUAGACAGUCCUUACUUAGUCUAAUCUACAAGUCUGAUUUCACAUGUCUAAUUCUACAUUUUUAUAGCUUWAUCACUAGAUCAAUCCUUGUCAAGGUACCAUGAAUAAACACACUGACAUAAAGGGAGAUUUUUCUGGAGAACAAGACAAAAGCCUUUCAUUYGUUUGAAGAAAUUCAUGGUUUUGUCCCCGAAAUUGAGAUAUAUUUCCAUGAGCAGCAAGUUGUCUGUACAGUAUUUAUGGUAUUUUUCUGUGUUUAUAAAAAAAAUGGUUUUAGAUUUUUGUGUACAAAAUUGACUUAAACAAAAAUUUCAAUCAAAAAUUAUGUAAUAUACAUUACUGCAUGCAGGCUAUAUAAUUCACUGUAUAAUUCACUUGAAGACUGUCAUUUUGAUCUGAAAUCAUUGAAUUGAAUAUGUGUGGCUUACAUGAGUUAACAUGGAUUUUUAUUUUAUUUUUUCUUGUAAUGCGAAGGGAUGUGGUGAAGAAGAGGAAAGAASUAUAAUUCAGUGUAGUGAAUCAAGCAAAAARAAAACAUUAUAAUUAUUUAGAUUUAUCAAACAUUGUAUUCAAAAGUAUUGAAAAAUAAACACUGGGUAGUUUUUCUAAGAAA